UAAGCCAGGGCCCCGCAAACGUAAGGCCGGAGGACGUGAUAGGCAUUAUCGGGAAUUAGGAGACCUGAGUUCCCGUCAGGACUCGCGAGCUGUAUGGCCUGGAACAAAUCAAAAGCUCUCUUCAUUCCAUUUUUAAAGCCUUGAGUCGCCUCUUGGUAAGUUAGGCUCCACCAAAAAGAUCACUGUUUGGGGAUGCCCCCCCUCCAAUACUGAUUUGCUUGACUGCUGCUGGAAAGGGUGGGGGAGGUUGUAGUGAAAGCUGUGGUUUAUCAGUGAUGCACCUGUAUACAUGACCUUCUCCUCUUAUAUUGGUUUUAUUUUUUCUUGAUGAGAACUUGGAGACCAUGUCUGCAAAUCUCUUCUCAUCCACAAGAGAGGAGGGAAGCACUGGCUCGGGGCCCAGUUUUAGAUUCAGUCAGAGGAAGAGGUUAAACCUGCUGCUGGAGAGAGAGGCUUCCUUUACCACCUGUCCAGAUCUCCCUAGAACUCCGGUGGACAAACUCCUGGGUGACUCUGGAAACCUAAGCAUUUUGUCUAGAGGAACCCCAAAACGUUGCCUUGAUCUUUCAAAUCUUAGCAGUGGGGAGAUGUCUGCCACUCAGUUUGCCACUUCCUCAGACCUUGAUGAAACCGGUCAUUUGGAUUCUUCAGGACCUCAGGAAAUACAGAUAGCUGGGAUGAAUAAUCAUCAGCAUCUUAUAAAAGCCCACCCAGCACAACUGCUGUGCAGCACUCCAAAUUCUUUGGACCAUGGCCACAGAAGGAAAAAUGCAAUGUUCCAUUCAUCUGCAAAUAAAGAAAAUGAAAACAAUACUUUGAAGCCCUUGGUGUGGUUGGCACUCAGGAACCUAAGGUUUCAAAAGAGACCAAGGGGGCCUUAUCUGUCUCCCCUUUCUUUGCUGGACAAUCGAAACUUGUUGGAAAGUGAAAUGGAAGAUCUGGGCAGUCCCAUUACUACAGUUCCAAAAUUGGAUAAAAAUCCAGAACUAGGAGAAGGCCAGGCAGAGGAUAUUUCAGAAGACUUGAUGGAGUUUUCCCUGGAAGAUCAAGAAGAUGCCAAGGCAUCUCUGAACAGAAGCUACCUGUAUCGCUCCCCUUCGAUGCCAGAGAAUCUGAACAGGCCAAGACUGAAGCAGGUGGUAGAAUUCAAGGACAACCCAGUACCAGAUCAGGGCUUAGGUCUAAAGAAGACAGUCUCUCUCUGUGACAUUCGUGUUACUCAAGUACUGGAGGAAGAUUCUAACCAGGGACAUCUGAUUGGUGAUUUCUCCAAGGUGUGUGCACUGCCAACUGUGUCAGGGAGACACCAAGAUCUGAGGUACAUCAACGCAGAAACGGUGGCUGCCUUACUUUGGGGGAAGUUCCAGGGUCUGAUUGAGAAGUUUUACAUCAUCGAUUGCCGCUAUCCAUAUGAGUACCUGGGAGGACAUAUCCAGGGAGCCUUAAACUUAUAUAGUCAGGAAGAAUUGCAUAACUUCUUUCUGAAGAAGCCCAUUGUCCCUUCGGACAUCCAGAAAAGAAUUAUCAUCGUGUUCCACUGUGAAUUCUCCUCAGAGAGGGGCCCCCGAAUGUGCCGCUUUUUGAGAGAAGAGGACAGGGCUUUGAACCAAUAUCCUGUGCUAUACUACCCAGAACUGUACAUCCUCAGAGGGGGCUACAGAGACUUCUUUCCAGAAUAUACGGAGCUGUGUGAACCACAAAGCUACCGCCCUAUGCACCACCAAGACCAUAAGGCUGAGCUGCUGAGGUGUCGAAGCCAGAGCAAAGCAUGGGAAGGGGAACGGCAGCUGCGGGAGCAGAUUGCCCUCCUGGUGAAUGACAUGAACUCAUGA